UCCGAAGCUGAAGUCAUGGCUUAUGUCCCAGGACGUGGAGACAGCUCUCCUCCAUCAGGCACUGUAGCCUUCACAGCCAAGCUAGACAUUGAUGACAGCUACCCCUGUCACUCUGGAGUCCUCAAGUUUCGCAUUGUGCUGGUCAACGAGGGAGGUGGCUACAAUCCUGAAACAGGCAUCUUCAACUGCCCCGUGGAUGGUCUCUAUUACUUCACUGUGCAUGCGUCUGUGUAUGGCCGUGGACAGUGUGCUAUAUACAAGAAUGGAGAGAUAGUGGCAAGUUUGUACCACACCUCUUUGCCUGACAAAUGUAGCCAAGUGGCCAGUACCAGCAGCGUGGUCAAACUGUCUAAAGAUGAUGAUGUCUGGGUGAAUAUCAUGGGUCCAGGCAAAAAUGAUAUCUUUGCAACUGAAGAUAAUGACACUGUAUUUACUGGGUUUCGCUUGGGUUAAUGACAGUCAGUCUCAUGAACCCAUCAGCGUACAUCAAAUGACAUGAUUAUUAUUUUAGGUUAGGUAAUAAUGUAUUGGUUUCAAUCGGUGUGCUUUUGUUGGGUUUCCAUGGUGUUUCCAUGAUAAAUGUGAAACUAUGUAUGUUGCUUUCUGACAGAAUAAAACAAAUAAAAAA